AAAGCUGCACAGAGGAAGUUACGCAGCCGGGAUCAGGCACGGAGAUAAAAGCUCCGAUUGUGAUUGAAAGUGAGAGCAAAAGGGAUUUCAGCCUCGGCAUUAACUUGCGAGGGGAGCCGGGGAUUGCACAAAGCUUCCCCGGCCAUCUGUGCUCGGGGACCGGCGGCUGGGGCGAGGGGGGGGUGUUGGGGGGGUUCCCCCCGGCCCCGAAGUUCGCUGCUCCGCAGGGAGCCCCGCGCCGCAGAGCUCCCUCCCGGUACAGCCUGCUAAUGAACUCUCCCUUUGCCCUGACCAUGAAAGAGAGAGGAGACCUCAGGUAGCAGCAUGCCUUGCAGCUGAAGGCUUGGGAAACUUGACGCUUGGUGGCCAAAAGGCAGAGUCAGACAGAAAUCCUCGCCACUGCUGCAAGACGCAGGGGGAGAAGCAGCAAGGCCAGCACCGUUCCUGUCAACCCACUGACCGCCCAGCAUCCUGCUGGCACCACUGCACAUCUUGCCACCCAACGUGUUUACGUUGGCACAGCCAUCCUUUGGGAGAAAGGAAUUUUAGCUCCAAGGAGUCUCUCUUGUCAGAGUUGUACUGAUGACCAGCUGCUCUAUUUAUCUGAUGUAUUAAUGUUGAAAAGCCCCAAUAAUUAUUUAAGUCAUACCACAGUUUAAGGCACUUUCCACAGCGACACGUUUGUGGCAGACAAGAAGGUUGAGGAAAACCUGAUCCAGCACCAUCUCACAGCCUUUCCAAUUUACUCCUAUCAAAUUUCAUCAGCAGCUCAGAACUUGAUCUUUCUAUUGAUUGACUGGAGUCACCUCUAGAUAUUUUCAUGCUGAUUUGGAAGCCCUUUUGUGCAAUAAAAGGGGAAAAAAUGAGGUUAAGGAAGACUUUUGACCACUGAUCAGCAACUCUGGCCAAAACUUUCCCAAUCAAGUGAUUUGCAAAGUUGGCUUCUGUGCCAAGAGAAACUUUCCACGUCCAAAUACAGUGUGCAGAGUGGGAUCGUUCCUGUUAUCCUCUGGAUCUCCUUAGACUGGAUCAUUUUUAGAUGAGGAGUUUCCAUGCUGAUCCUGAGAGCAACCCCUAGCCCAGUAGCUGCCUUCCUCGGGACUCUCGGCACUGCCCUCGCCCAGGGAUCCCGUGUUUGGCCGCAGCUGCCAUGCUCUACCUGGUUGCUCUCCUCCUGCACUGUUUCCCCUUGGCCAUGGGACAGUAUGACAUUUGCAAGUCCUGGGUGACCACGGACGAUGGCCCGUCAUGGGAGUUUUAUGCUUGUCAACCCAAGGCCAUGCGGAUGAAGGAUUAUGUGACUGUACGGGUGGAGCCGGCAGGAAUCACUUGUGGGGACCCGCCAGAGAGGUUCUGCACCCAUGAGAACCCGUACCUGUGCAGCGACGAGUGCGACGCCUCCAACCCGGACCUGGCCCACCCACCGAAACUCAUGUUCGACAGCGAGGACGAAGGGCUGGCCACGUACUGGCAGAGCGUGACGUGGCGCCGGUACCCGGAGCCGCUGCUGGCCAACAUCACGCUGUCCUGGAACAAGAGCAUCGAGCUGACGGAUGACAUCGUGAUAACCUUUGAGUACGGCCGACCCACCAUCAUGAUGCUGGAAAAAUCGCUGGACAAUGGGAGGACUUGGCACCCCUACCAGUAUUACGCAGAUGACUGCAUGGAGGCCUUCAGCAUGCCAGCACGGAGGGUCCGGGACCUCUCCACCACCAGUGCCAACAGGGUCCUCUGCACAGAGGAGUAUUCCCGCUGGGCGGGCUCCAAAAAAGAGAAGACCGUCCGAUUCGAGGUGAGGGACCGCUUUGCCAUCUUUGCUGGCCCCGACCUCAGGAACAUGGACAAUUUGUACACCCGGCUGGAGAGCGCCAAAGGGCUCAAGGACUUCUUCACCGUGACCGACCUGAGGAUGAGAUUGCUGAGGCCGGCCCUGGGGGGCACCUAUGUGCAGAGGGAGAACUUGUACAAGUACUUCUAUGCCGUCUCCAACAUUGAAGUCACUGGCAGGUGUAAAUGCAAUCUCCACGCUAACCUGUGCACCUUCAAAGAGGGCAGCCUUCAGUGCGAGUGCGAGCACAACACCACAGGGCAGGACUGUGGCAAGUGCAAGAAGAACUUUCGCUCCAGGUCUUGGCGAGCAGGAUCCUACCUGCCUCUCCCCAACGGGUCCCCCAACGCAUGUGCAGCUGCAGGCUCAGCCUUUGGCAACUGUGAGUGCUACGGCCACUCCAACCGCUGCAGCUACAUCGACUUCCUGAACGUGGUGACCUGCGUGAGCUGCAAGCACAACACGAGGGGCCAGCACUGCCAGCACUGCCGCCUGGGCUUCUACCGCAACAGCUCGGCGGAGCUGGAUGACGAGAAUGUAUGCAUAGAAUGUAACUGCAACCAGAUCGGCUCCAUGCACGACCGCUGCAACGAGACCGGCUACUGUGAAUGCAAAGAAGGUGCCACGGGGCCCAAGUGCGACGACUGCCUGCCCAACUACUACUGGAGACAGGGCUGCUUCCCCAAUGUCUGCGAUGAUGAGCUCCUGCUCUGCCAGAACGGUGGCACCUGCUACCAGAACCAGCGCUGCAUCUGCCCCGUGGGCUUCAAGGGGGUCCUGUGCCAGCAGUCCAGGUGCGAGGCCGACAAAAAAGACUGUGACGGCGCCUCCUGUGCACACGGCAGCCUCGGCACCGUCCUCCUCGGGGUGCUCGCCCUCCAGCUGCGCGGCUGGGUGGACCUCUGAAGCCGCAGAGGAGGGAGCCCAGCCCAGGCACGUCAUCCGAGGGACCUGGGGAGACUAAGGUAAUGGGUGGCUCUCCCCACCGUCUCCUCCGCCUUCCUUCACGCUAGGACUUGCACAACAUCUUCUGGUCCACUUUCCAAGCAGAGAGGUACGCAGAAAAUUAGGGGCUGACUCCUGCCCAUGAACCCAUCCUGGCAGCAGCUGGGGUGGCCGCAGCGCAGAGCCGGCUGCUGAGCAGCGGUGCGGGGACUGCACCAGCCUGUGCCGGGGACAA